AUGUCGCGUGGUCCUUCUCCCAUCUCUCCCCCUCUUCCACCGCCAAAGGAUACCAUUCAUCCUUCUCCCUUUUCAUCUUUUCCCACUUCUCAAUCUUCCAAUCAUCUAGACCCAGAUCGACUCGCACAAGCGGUCAGAGAUUCAGUUCGUAUUUCAACCAAACCACAUCCGACAUCAUCUAGAGUUUCAUUACAACCCCAAACAAGAGAUCAAUCAUACGGACACGCCCAUUCUAGUUCCACACCAGAAAUGGCUUUUCAACCUCAACUCCCUAGUCAAGUCAUGCGUCCCGCUAUCAACCCUUUCGAAAUGGAUGAAGUCGAACCUGUCGGUACAGGACGUGUACGACCUCCAGGGAAUCUGAAGAAUACUCAUUCUGGUGGUGGGCCCGGAUUGACCGGAGUAGGAAGUGGAACAGGAAUAGGGAUAACACCUUCUGAAGUUGUUGGUGUUGUUCAACCUACAAGAAUGAAGCCUGUCCGUGCACAAACUGGUUCCACAACCACAACCUCACCAACAAAAGCUCGUCCCAGGCGAUCGCUAUCCACUGACACGUAUGGUCUAGAUGGGACGGCCCCCUUAACGGCGGGACAGAAAACAGCAGCUGAGGAAAAGAAAGCAAGUAGACACGCGGAUGUCAUAGAUACUUGGGACCCGACGGGUUUAGGCAGUGCGAUGUGGCAUCACUCCGGACCAUACGAUGCUGCUGCUCCAUCACGUAACCUCAAUCUUCCGCCUUCCAAAGCUCCCAUGCAGGCGUUCCAUGGUCCGCCCGUUACCUCACCCCCUCGAGGUGUGGCCACCAUCUCUCUGUCUUCUCCACCCCCGGUCCCAGGCAAGAUCCCCACCGGCGACGUCCCAGAGAUGCCGACAAGACCGGUGAGGAAAGGUCAAUCUGCAAUUCGAGACAAACAUACUCAGUCGCGUCGGAUCUCGGGCGGCGGAUUGACUGGCCAAUACUCAACAAGCAUGCCGUCCAGUGGCGCUUACUUUCCCGUAUUGAGGGAGAAUGGAAUGGAAGACACUCAACCAAGGAAAGGAUGGAAUAAUGCGUUGAAAGAGGCUUGGGGCACACAAGAUCCUGAGCCGUUUGAAGACUUUGGGCAAUCGCCAGGGGAGAUGCAAGAAUUCGAUUUCAGUGCUGGUCCUGCCGUUCCUGUUGACGAAUACGCCGUGGAACCGAAACCUCUUCGCUCUCCUGGCCUACGCAACGCACCUGCUCCCCGUUCUCCGGGGAUGCGUGAAGACAUGCCGUCGCCUAGUUCCGAAAUGCCCCCUGGAGCGUAUAGGACCAACUCGAACACUGCAGGGGGACCUCCGACCGGAGGUGUCAAACGCACCAAAUCGUUGAUGCAAAAACUCAAAACUAUGGUGCGUCAACGAGCCUCUUCGAUCGAGGACUCUGCAAACUUCCGUCCCCAAUUACCGAAUCAUCGUCCUCUCAUGCAUCCCGGAAUGCGUGCUCCGUCCAGUCCAGGCUGGGCUGAGGACGACGCGGUAGAGGAAGAACUCGCGGAUAAUAUGGAUGGAAGGUAUGCAGAUGCGGAUGCCGAAGACAUUUUCACCAGUCCUCGUGCUACGCCUACGCCUACGGGUACGGGGGAGAUGGGACAAUGGACUGGUCGUACUGAAAGACAAGUCAGACAUUCGAUCUUGAUUCCUCUUCGUCAACUUGCAGAUAUUCUUUCUCUCGUGGAUAUACUGCUUGUGACGUUUUGUUAUCGAAAGAUCGAGUCUCGUGACAUUCAUCAAAAAAGAUUGUUGUUGGAAUUAUGGGAGAAAGGAGAAAGGCUGAUCUCGUUUCAGCGCGAGAAUCAACGUUCUUCAUCUCCUAAACAAUCACCAACGACGGAAAUGCCCCCUAUGCCAAUCGAUACCGAUCGUCCCUACAUCCCCGAUACUCCUCAGAAGAAUAAAAAGUCUUUCCGAUCCAACUUACCCAACAUUUCUCCGACCAAAUCUUCUCCAAAACGGGAAGGUAAAGACGAAGUCGGCAUUGUUUCUUUGCCGAACUCGGCGUCGUCUUCUUCGGAUGGAGGUUUUGUUUUGGUCGAAUCGCCAAAUAAAGCUCGUAUGAAAACCUCUCGACCUACACCACCUCUUCCGAAUGCCGCAACUCUUUCAGACCCCGUACCCUCUCUGCAAAACGCUCUACCCCCUCUGCCAAACGCUGCGACAUCUGGAUCGGGUUAUAUCCCAGUGAAACAGGAGGGGAUGGAACAAGAAGAAAUCCUUGAAGAUACACCGUCUGAUCAAGUCACACAGAAACAAGUGGGAAUGAGAAAGAAACCAGCCGUAACUGUCAAUAGGACAAAAGGACUUCCUAGACCACCGGUGGGACCUGUCAUGCCGGAAUUUGACGAUUUGGUCAUUGGUCGUCCUUCAUCUGCAGCUAGCGGGGAAGUGAAAAGGAAACCUUCGGUGGUGAAGAAGAUGAGGGAGAAGAUUGGGAAGUGAUUGGUGACAUCGUCGUCAGGCGGUUGAAAUAUAUCGGAAAGGAAGAGUGAUGAACUUGUAGGGACACCAUUGAAAUGGAGAUGGCUUGAGAAGCGGUAUGCGAAGGUUUACGAGGAAACAAACCGAGUGAGGUUGGAUAAGAGAUGAAGAGUAAAGGGUGAACGAUGGAAUGGGGAAAACCACACAUUUCUUGAUGAGACAUGUCAUUUGGACGAUGUCGAUGGUGGAACAAAAGUGGAGCAGAUUAGAUGACUAUUCAGAGAAAGGUUCAAAUAAGAAUACAAGUAAUGGAGAUGAGAGAUGAUAAAAUUUGGACAGUAUUGUAGCUAAGUGGAUGAAAUGUGCAGUAAGAAUUGAUAGUAUGUAUGAUCCCGUCUGUAUACAUUACGAG